AUGGAUAGGUUAAAGGAAACUCAACUCCAAUCUAUUGAUCAAUUUUAUAGUUCGCUAACAGAUGAAAACAUCUCUAAAGAUAUGUACCACCAUGCGCAAAACGUUUGGCAAUCAUUUGAUAUUCAAAAUAUUUUGGAAUAUAGCUUGUUAUACAUGAAGACCGAUAUAAUGUUGUUAACUUGCAUCUUUGAAAAUUUCCGACAAAAAUGCCGAGGUACAUACGGUCUUGAUCCUGUCUGGUACUACACUAUGCCAGGUUAUUCGUGGGAUGCCAUGCUUAAAUAUACAGGUUGCAAAUUAGAGUUGCUGCAGGAUAUCGAUAAAAUCAUGUUUAUCCAAAAAUCUAUUCGAGGUGGAAUUAGUCAAGUGAGUAAUCGAUACUCGGAGGCUAAUAACAAAUAUAUGCCAUCUUACGACUCCUCAAAGCCCAGCAAGUAUGUGGUUUAUUUAGAUGUUAAUAAUCUUUACGGCUGGGCAAUGUCCCAGUGUUUACCAUAUGCAAAGUUUGAGUGGGUGGACACUAACAUCGAUGUUCUUAGUAUUCCUGACGAUGGUGAUACAGGGUACAUACUACAAGUUGACUUGGAGUACCCCGAACACUUGCAUGAUUUACACAAAGAUUUUCCAUUUUGUUGCGAACAUCAAGUUCCACCGGGAUCUAAUUUUAAGAAGCUUAUGACUACGCUCCAUAAUAAAACGGAGUACACUUUGCAUUACCGUAACCUCAAACAAGCUCUCAAUGCAGGGCUGAAACUAACAAAAAUUCAUAAAGUUUUGAAAUUCCAACAAAGCGCCUGGCUCAAACCAUAUAUCGAUCUUAAUACAAAAUUACGAACUGCAGCAACAACGGCAUUUGAGAAAGACUUAUACAAAUUAGCUAACAAUGCUAUAUUCGGCAAAACAAUGGAGAACAUACGCAAACACCGCAUAGUAAAGCUUGUUUCUAAGUGGGAGGGGAGAUAUGGAGCCAAAAAUUUAAAUUCCAGCCCUCGAUUUCACAACAGAACAAUUUUUGAUGAAAAUCUAAUGGAAAUCGAGCUAAAUAAAACAAAUCUAACAUUCAACAAACCAUUGAACAUCGGAAUGUCUAUUCUAGACAUAUCUAAAGUCUGCAUGUAUGAUUUUAAUUAUAAUUUCAUGCUACCAACUAUUGGAAUUGAAAAUUUAAAGUUGAUGUAUGGGGAUACAGAUAGUUUUGUCUAUGAAGUAACAUGUGAUGACGUUUACAGGGAUUUCAUUCAAACAAAUCUAUCUAAAUUCGACACAUCGGACUAUGCCGAGGCUAACCCCUAUAACAUACCACAAGUCAAUAAAAAUGUGCUUGGUUUAAUGAAGGAUGAAGCUAAUGGGCGCAUCAUUACUCAUUUUGUAGGACUUAGAUCGAAAAUGUACUCGUUUAAACUGCAAUACACAAACGAGGAGCGGCAGACCGUGUGGCAAAAAUACAAGAAUACCAUGGAUGAUGCUGCUAUUGAAAAAAUUGUAAAUAACUUGGGUGUUACGAAAAAAUCUAAAGGGGUUAAGUAUUCGGUAGUAAAAAAUGCUAUUACGUUUGAGGAUUACGUGGAGUGUCUAAAAGAAUUUACCACAAAAAGCGUUACACAAUCAACAUUUCGUUCCUACGCACACAACAUGUUUACAAUCACACAAGAAAAAAUUGCAUUAAGUCCACACGAUGACAAACGGUGUUUGCAAAAAGACUCAUAUGAUACUUUACCUUGGGGUCACUAUGCCACUACAAUGAUUGAAUAA